AUGUCCUUCUGCUCGUUCUUCGGCGGAGAGGUGUUCAAGGAUCACUUCAAACCGGGCAUCUACGUGUGUGCCAAGUGUGGCCAUGAGCUGUUCUCCAGCCGUGCCAAGUACGAGCACUCCUCCCCAUGGCCAGCCUUCACCGAGACCCUGCACCCCGACAGCGUGGCCAAGCGGCAGGAGCGGCCCGGGGCUCUGAAGGUGACUUGUGGCAAGUGUGGCAACGGCCUGGGCCAUGAGUUCCUCAACGAUGGGCCCCAGAGGGGGCAGUCCCGCUUCUGAAUAUUCAGCAGCUCGCUCAAGUUCAUCCCUAAAGGCAAAGCAGAUACAGACCUGAAGGAGAAGUAA